AUGAGAACCAUUGCCUCCACGGGUCUCUCUCUCGGCCUUGCCUCUAUGGUGAGCGCUGUUAUGUAUGGAUACAACCACGUUCCUGUCGUGCCGGAUACUGAAACAAUUGCCGGUGCUUUCGAGAACGUCGACGACAUUAAGCUCCUGUCCCCAGCUUUUCUCACACCCAAUGUCCGGCUUCCUGGGUUCCCUAACGGUACUCAAGGGUCGUCUUCUCAAGACGACAUGGAGGAAUUCCUCGAGCAACUGGCCCAUCGCAACGAUUAUAUGACCUAUCGCACCGCUAACUUCACCUCAGAGGAGGGUCGCUCUUUCCCCUACAUCCACCUCUCCUCCGGUCGCAGCAGCUCCCUUCGCCGCGAUGACUCUGUCUCUAAAGUGCGCGUGUGGAUCCAGGGCGCUGUUCAUGGCAACGAGCCCGCAGGCGACGAGACCACACUUGCACUCUUGGGCAAGUUCGACGACGACCAGGAGUGGGCUGCCUCGAUUCUCGACAGGCUGGAGCUCGUCAUUCUGCCGAGGUAUAACCCCGAUGGCGUUUACUACUUCCAGCGCACGCUAGCGACCAACUACGACCCUAACCGCGACCAUAUCAAGCUUGCCCGCCAGCAGACGCGUGAUAUAAAACAGCUCAUGAACAACUUCAAUCCCCAUGUGAUAGUCGAUAUGCACGAGUAUGGUGCCCCGACUCGUUAUGGCGAGGGGCAAUACGUCCCAGGGUCCGACGGCCUGUACUCGGCCGCCAAGAACCUCAAUAUCAAUGAGCGUAUCCGCAACCUCUCCGAGGAGCUCUUCGCUAAAAACAUUGGCGAAGAUAUGGAAGCCGCUGGUCUCCGCGCCGAGCCAUAUGUAACCGGCUCUUCGUCUUCGGAUCCCAACUUCGUCGCCGACUUCGCCGAGGCAGGCACUGAUGGCAAGAUUGGUCGCAAUGCGAUGGGCCUCACCCAGGCUGUCGUCUUCCUGCUUGAGAUGCGUGGCAUUGCGAUCGCCGACCAGGAGUUCCAGCGACGGACGGCCGCCGGUCUGACCAUGCUGGGCAGUAUUGUCCAGACGGCGGCCGAUAACGCCGAUAAGGUUUACAAGACUAUCGAGCGCGGCAUCAAAGAGUUUAUCGCGUCAGACAGCGAUAUUAUUGUCACUGACUACAGCAAGACUGAGAUUCGUCCCUUCACUAUGGUGGACGUUAAGAAUGGUAGCGUGGUCCACCCACCCGUACGCUUCGCAUCAACGACCCCCGCCCUCGCCAACCUCACGCGCUCCCGCCCUGAGGCCUACCUUAUACCCGUGGCCUGGGCCGACCUCGCCGAGCGCCUCAAGGUGGCUGGUUUGGAAGUAGAGACGCUGGACGAGCCGUUUGAGGGGACCGUGGAGGUGCUGAAUAUCACAUCGGCCGAGGUGGACACCUCCUACUACGAGGGUGUGAUUCGCGUGACGACGACGACAGUAGCAAGUGACCGCGAGGUAAGGCUACCGGAGGGUAGCUUUCGCGUGAGCACACGACAGAAGAAUGCGGCGCUGGCGAUGGUGGCGCUGGAGCCGGAGAACAUUGACUCCUAUGUGUCGUUCAAUAUUGUGCCAGUGGAGAAGUCCGAUGAGUACCCGAUCUUUAGGAUACUGUCUUAG